UCGGAUCCUGCGUUGCUGUGGCUGCGAUGGAGGCCGGCAGCUGCAGCUCCGACGCCACCCCGGCCUGGGAGCUUCCCCUAUGCCACAGGUGUGGCGCUAAAAGGCAAACAGAAAUAAAGAAAGCUAAUGCUUAUGAAAUCCAUCAUGGAGAACAACGAAACUUUCCGUGUGUGUGCGCGCGCGUGUGUGUGUGUGUGUGUGUGUGUGUGUCUUUUGUCGUCUGACGUUUCAGGGCCAUGUUUCCUCGGCAUGUGGAGAGUCCUGUGCUAGGGGUCCUAUUGCUGGUUGACAUAGUUUUGGAAGUCCUAGCUAGCCAGGGCCCUCAGAGAAGCACAAGACACAAAAGGAGUCCACAUGGGAAAGGAAGAAGUCAAGGGAUCCCUAUCUGCACACGACAUGAUCCUAUCCCCGCAGACCCCUCAAGACGCUCCCAGAAAACGGGUAGAGCGCCUCAGUGAAUGGGGCCAAGUCGCAGGAGGCACCAUGAACGCACAGAAAUCAACUGCCUUUCUAUACCCUGGGAACGAGAGUUCCCAGAGAGACAUCGGGAAAACAAUCCCAUUUGCCGGCACCUCCCAAAGAAUAGACGACUGAGGAAGAGACCUCCCUAGAGAGACGCAAGGCCCGUCCUGGGAACCCCCCAAGACGCUGAUGCAAGCAAUCCAAGAGGCCGCAAACAGAUGGCAAGACACACCUUGCUCUUGGAUUGCAAGAGCCCAUAGUAUCCCAAGGACCAUGCUCCCCAAGGCAGUCCGCAGAGUCACCGCCAUCCCUGUCAAAUGCCCAAGACCUCUGUUCACAGCACGAGACCAUGGGGUUGGUGGGGGAGGGGAGCUGGAGCAGCCCAGAGGGACCCUGGGGGAGACAUGGGGAAGGAGGAAGGCCCGUUGGGGGGACCCCAGGAAGUGACCUCACUUCCCUGGCGACAGAGGCCAACGGAACUUGGAACCUGGGGAGCCGGGCACCUACUGGUCCAGUCCAGGAGAGGACGGAGGAGGGAUGGACUGGCUCUGCUGCAUCCCGCUCUCCCGAGGCCGAGGCCGAGGCCGCAGGCGUCGUCACGGCAGAGAUGGCCUCUGCCAGGCCUGCAGAACCUGGAUGAGAACGCGAGGCGGACGCCUAUGGGCCGUUGCCCGCAGGGACCCAGAGAGUCCCCCACCUGAGACCCGCCAGGAGCUGGGUGAGGAAGGCAGAAGGCCUCCCGAGGAACCUCCUCGCAGGCCGCUCCCCGGGGUCCUCUGCCGGGCUGGUGGCGAGCGCGGCACCGCCAGCUGUGGCCAUGAAGACACCGUCCACAUGAGCCUGACAACCCUGGAAGGCCUGGCCCCCCCUGAGGCCCAGCCUGAAGCAGGAGACCUGGAGCCAGAGGCCAAGACGCCAGCCGAGCGGAAAGACCCUGGAGCAGCCCCCAGAGGAGGUCCAGAACCACAGGAGGACUCAGCACCCGGGCAGGGAGGACCUCUGGCUCUUUCAGAGGGACACUCACAUCCUCAUGGGGACUCACCCCCCGGGGAGGAUGAACCCUCUGCUCCUCUCCCAAGAGGCCCAGCUCCUCUUGAGGAGCCACCACCCGGGCAGGGUGGAACCAUGGCGCCUCCUGCAGGAGGACCAGGCCCCCAGGAAGACUCAGCCCACGGGCAGGCUCAACCUGCUGCUCCUCCGGAUGGAGGACCAGAGCCUCAGGAGACCUCACCUCCCGGGCAGGGAGGUGAUGAAAAUCCUGCUCCUCCUACAGGAGGACGAGGCUCUCAGGUGGACUCACCAGCCGGGCAGGAUGAAAACGCGGCUCCGGCCGCAUCCCCACACACUGAUGUGCCUUUCCCUGUGCUGGAUGGCAACGUUGCCCCGGCCUCCGCCGGGGACAAAGGGCCCGAGGAGCACUCAGCAGCCCUUCUGGGAGCGCCUGCCCUGACUGCUCCCGCACCCCCUGUACCAGGUCCUGGCCUGGCUCUUUCAGGAACCCUGGGCCCAGUUCCAAAACCACCUUCCCCAAGACCCCUCAAGACGCUCCCAGAAAACGGGUAG